GGUAUUUAAAAAAAAGAACAGAACACAUCACAGGUCAGGUGGGAACUGCUUCCGGUUUAAGAGGGGUCACGCAAAAAGGCAGAACAUCGAAAAGUGUUAAAAGGAGAAAAAAUGUUGCUACAGAGGGUGUUGAACUUUGGGUGCCUGACGCUGAAGCACAGCAGAUGCAUCCAGCACAGUCCCGCGUGGAGGAGUCCUCUCAUACCCAUCGUUGUCGAGCAGACGGGAAGGGGGGAGAGAGCUUACGACAUCUACUCUCGCCUCCUGAGGGAGAGGAUCAUCUGUGUCAUGGGGCCUAUCGAUGACACUGUCGCCAGCCUGGUGAUCGCCCAGCUGCUGUUCCUGCAGUCUGAGAGCAACAACAAGCCCAUCCACAUGUACAUCAACAGCCCAGGUGGAGUAGUGACUGCCGGCUUGGCCAUCUAUGACACCAUGCAGUACAUCCUCAACCCCAUCUCCACCUGGUGCGUCGGCCAGGCGGCCAGCAUGGGCAGCCUGCUCCUGGCGGCCGGCACCAGCGGGAUGAGGCAUUCCCUCCCUAACGCACGCAUCAUGGUCCACCAGCCCUCAGGGGGGGCCCGGGGCCAGGCCACAGACAUCGCCAUCCAGGCCGAGGAGAUCCUGAAGCUCAAGAGACAGAUCAACACGAUCUACGCCAAACACACCAGGCAGCCGCUGGAAACCAUAGAGGGCGUGAUGGAGCGAGACCGCUACAUGAGCCCCAUGGAGGCCCAGGACUUUGGCAUCAUCGACCGGGUCCUGGUGCACCCCCCACAGGCCGGCCAGGACGAGCCGGAGCUGGUUCAGAAGGAGCCGGCGCCGGCGGCGAGUCCCUCCCCCCAGCCUGCAGCCCCGGAGCCGGCCGCCUCCGGACAGAGCCCCCCCUCCUCACACAAACCUGAGCCGUGAGGCUUUGGGAGGAGUUUCUAGUUGCUCUGAAGCCAGCCCCCCCUCUGGGAAGGUCGUCCACCCCUGAACUGGCGACCUGGUGCUCUGGUCAGAAAGGACACGUGACCUCCUGAAGCCCCUCAAAAAUCUUUCUGAAACUUCUGUGUCGACCCCCCCCCCCCCCCCCCCGGCCCAGAAACCUUCAGAUGAGUCGACCUCCAAGGCCGCUCAAAAGACCGCCGGCGUGGCGUCCACGUUAGUUACAGAACCUCCGUUUAGGAACGCCUCAGAAGAACACGGCAGUGAAAUAAAACAGUGUGGAGUCUCUCGGUCGUAUUUUCUGUUUUAACGUGUGGAGACAUUUCCUGGAGGACAUUUAUAAAGAAUUAAGGACUAAACUG